AUGGGCAUCCGCACUAAUCCGCAGCGGUAUUGCGACUGGCCCGCAGCGGUGACUUGCCCGGAAAAGCUUAGCGUCACGUUGAUCAUUGGUGGAAGCCGACCAAACAAGGGGCCGGUCCCUGAUGUGGCUCUUGCUGCCGUGCGUGCCUUUUGGGACCUGAACCGGCAGCUCAGCGGCGCGCAUGGCGAACCGGACGAGGCCUGGCGUGCUGCUGCGCAGCGAGCAGCACAACAAUUACGAGCUUGCGGCAGUGGUGCCGUCUCUCCUGGUACUCCACGACCAGCUCCUGCCUUGGCUUCGUUUGGCGAAGUAGCUUCGAGGAGCUUCGAGGAAAGCAAGCUUAUAGCGCUGGAGACAAUCGCUGACGCUGCUCGGCUCUGGAUUCAGCUCAAUCAACCGGACGAAGAGGAGGAGGAUGGGGAGGAGGACUAG